AUGCAAAAUGCAAAAGCAACACUUGUGCGUGAUUCUUACCAGCAAGAUAAUCGCCCAAAAAAAGAAAGCUUUCUGGGUGGCAGCAAUGAUAGCAAUGAGUGCCUACGUGUAGAUAUGAAUUUCAAGCCGAGUCUACGUGCAAAUGACGAGAUUAGCGGUGAUUAG